CCCUGUUUGCUUCUCAACCCGAGAAAGGAAGGAAGGAAACAGGAGAAAGCAUCAACCAUGUCGAAUUCCGCGUCCGGAAUGGCCGUUUCCGACCAAUGCAAACUCAAGUUCCAGGAACUCAAGGCGAAGAGGAGCUUCCGCUUCAUCGUGUUCAAGAUCAAUGAGAAGGUGCAGCAGGUGGUGGUGGACAGGGUUGGGGAAAAAAAUGAGAGCUAUGAUGAUUUCACAGCCUGCUUGCCCGCUGACGAGUGCCGCUACGCGGUGUUUGAUUUUGACUUCGUCACUGACGAGAACUGCCAGAAGAGCAAGAUCUUCUUCAUCUCUUGGGCUCCUGACACAUCAAGGGUGAGGAGCAAGAUGCUGUACGCGAGCUCCAAGGACCGCUUCAAGAGGGAGCUGGACGGCAUCCAGGUGGAGCUACAGGCGACCGACCCGAGCGAGAUGAGCAUGGACAUCGUAAAGGGGCGAGCCCUCUGAAGAAGAGAAAAUCCGAGAACAGCUACUUACUACGUACACCCACAUCCAAACCCAGGAGCAGGAGCAGAGGAGGCCUUCAUCUGCGCCGGCUCCUGUUCUUGCAGUUCCUCCCCAUCCAUUUUCCCUGCCAUUCUUUUCCUGGAAGCGAAGUGCUGUGUUCUGUAUGAGACUGUAUGCCGUCUUCAUUCUUGUUUUCCCCCGUGUUUGGUGCCAUAGUCUCUGACUACUGCUGUAAACUAGAACAUAUUCGCAUUUGAUGCCAGGUGUGAAAGCCUAAUGUGGCGUAGGUAACCGCCGAUUUUCACAAAAGAAGAUUUAUUUUAUCC